AUGGCCACUUGUUCAUGCGUUGUCCUCGAGGGCUCGGAAAUCGCUCCCAAGUCGUCCAUUUACUCGCCAGUACGCCUCACCGUUGAAGACCUGACACUCAACGGGUUGCUCUCGCAGCCACUGCUACCGGACCAAGCCGCAGUCGCCAGCUUCCGCAAUCUCCAGUAUGCGAAAAUACCAGGCAGGUGGCAUGAGGCUGUACCUCUCAAUUUGAAGGACUAUCCUCGCGGGGAGCUCGAAACGGUGCAAUGGGGCCCGCGGCCGCCGCAGUUCAUCGAUGUCAUGCACACGCUCACAGGCCAUUUAUAUCCGCGUCUCUCCCACAUGGACCCUACCGACGAGUUCAAGUGCCUCAACUUGAAUGUCUAUGCGCCUGCAACUGCGCUACCAAGUACCGCAGAGCAUCGUGAUUCUUCUACGCUGCUGCCAGUAAUUGUGUGGAUUCAUGGCGGCUCAUUUCGCUGGGGAGAUGGUGGAUGCGAAUGUGAUGGACAGUAUCUUGUUGCCCGUUCCAUUCAGGCCAACCAACCUGUGCUCGUCGUUGGCAUCAACUAUCGGCUGGGCAUGUUGGGCUUCUUCACCUCGAAAGAACUGCGCCAAGAAGCUCGCGAUCGCGGUGAAAAGGGCUAUGCCAACCUUGGCUUCCAUGACCAGAGACUGGCACUACAUUGGGUUCAAGACAACAUUCACUUCUUUGGCGGUGACAAAGCCCGGAUUACAGUCGCCGGGGAGUCGGCUGGUGCCAUUUCGGUUCUUGCCCAUCUUCGCAGCCACGACCCCGUGGCCCGCAACGCAAUGCUCUUGUCUCCUGCCACGGUAGCACCGCGCCCUUUUGCAAGCACACAGGUUACUUUUGACAAGGCGUGCGAGACACUGGGUAUCGCUCACGAAAGUGUGAGCAACAAGCUCAAAACGCUCAGACAGCUGCCUUUUGAGCAGCUUGACAAGCUAGGCGAGAACAGACUGGAGAACACGUUGUCGACGGAUCCCAUAUUUUUUGAUAACUGGCCCAGCGGUGAGUUUGAUGAGGUAUCUGUGUUUCCGGACUGGGCGAAUCGCGUCGUGGUUGGCCAACUGAGCGAGGAGCUUGCGCUCAUGGGCAGUGCAUGGAAAGACCUGCCUCCCAACAGCUUGUUGAAAGCCUGGAAGAGCGUAUAUACUCUGCCCGGCUACUCCGACGAGGUGUUUUCCACGUAUGGUGUGGUCGAUGUGGAUCGUGCAAAUGGUGCCACCCCGUCUGCAGGGAACUCUCAUGUCGCCGACGCCCUCGUGAACUACCUCAACGAUGCGAUAUUCGACAAGGCUGUCCGCUCUAUCGCCGAAGCACAGUUCAAAAGCAACAAUCCUUCAAAGACCACGGGUCCGCCAGCGCGUGCGGCCGAUGUCUAUCUGUAUAGCUUCGAGCAACCAGACACGAUUGCGACCGACGCGCGGCUCAGAAACCAUGCGUACCACUCGUUGGAUAAUGCCUUCUUCUUUUACUUUCCUGCCGUAACAGAACCGACAGCCGACUCUCGGACCUGGCGUACGACAACCAACUCUGGCCACGCGUUGCCCGACCCGACGACCAUGUGGCUCGCUUUUGUGGCGGGACGACAAUCCAAAUCCGUCAACAGGAGCCGCCGCGCUGGGAAUCACUGGUCAAUACGGAAGCGAGAUUGGGGCAAUUUCUACGAGGAAAGGAACUUUGUUGGAAUCCAGAGCUGA